GGAUCCGGCCAAUCCCGGUAUGGCUGGUGGGCGUGGCCUGUACAUUGGCCCCCCGAGCGCCGUGCACCCGUCUCUUUUUCUCCAGCUACCCCUCCGCGGUGGGACGUUGCCGGGGCAGGGAGAAAGGACGAGGACACGGGCGAGGGAGUGGGAGAGAGAGAGAGAGGGAGUGAAAGAGAGGACGAGGUAGAGGUAGGUCGCAAGAGCCGGCGGGACUACCCGGUUGCAACGGGCGCGUACAAACGUAUCAUGCUGGGUAGGGCCGGUGCCGAGAUGCCGGCUUGUAAACGAAACCAGUUUGCUAUCCGAUACGAUCCAGGCAACAGCGGCCUCGCGUGAUAUCCCCACGGCCGAGGAGAACGUCAGCGUGCGCUUUUCGCCCGAUGUGACCCCGGAGGAUAUCUAGCUGGAGAACUCGGCAUCGGGGCUCACCUGACGCAUACCUGCUCGGGGGUGAGAUUCAGUCGUGUCGUAUUCCGUAUUGCCGUGAAGUGAUGACGUACGUAUUGAUCGAGUGAUCGAGGAGAGUAACGGGGGAGUAAUGACAACCGUUGGAGACGGACGGAAGACACGAUGAGAAGCGCGAAGAGCAAACACAAAUCGAGUCGGAUAAUUUCUUGAGCCCGAUUGAGAGGAGGAGAGGAGAACGGUGACAUCGAUGCUUUGAAGUAGAUCCUGUUGGCGCAGACACGGAGCAUAAGUGGAUCCUGGAGCGGGAAGGAUCUUGGACAAUCGAGACGGAAGAGAUGUCAGCCGUAGCACCAGCGGGGACCGGUGCCACGGCACCCUCCGCCAACGGUCCAAUCGUACCUGCUCCGGUUUUUGCAUUGCCAACGUUAUCGUUCACCGUCGGCCAAGUCGCCACCGUGUGCGAAACCCUGGAAGAGAGCGGGGACAUCGAGAGGCUGGCGAGGUUCCUUUGGAGCCUUCCAGUCGCGCAUCCCAACAUCCAGGAACUGAAUCAAAGCGAGGCUGUGCUGAGAGCAAGAGCUAUCGUCGCUUUCCACUCGGGACAUUACAGAGAAUUGUACGCCAUACUGGAGAGGCACAAGUUCACCAAGGAUUCCCAUGGUAAACUCCAAGCGAUGUGGCUGGAAGCGCAUUACCAGGAAGCCGAGAAGCUUCGAGGAAGGCCCCUAGGCCCAGUGGAUAAGUACAGGGAGAGAACCAGAUCGUUGUUGAGGGAGUGGUACCUCCAGGAUCCGUAUCCGAAUCCCGGGAAGAAGAGGGAACUCGCCGCGGCGACGGGCCUUACGCCGACACAGGUUGGUAAUUGGUUCAAGAACAGGAGGCAAAGGGAUCGUGCUGCCGCAGCAAAAAAUAGAAUGCAACAACAAUCCGGUACAGGAAACGGGAAUACGCGACGCGCGUUGAGUCCAGGACCGGGCGGCAGCGAUUCGGAGGAUUCGGAUAUCUCGCUCGGUGGCACGUCGCCCGCGUCACCGAGUUCUUCGCCUCCGCCAACUCAUCAACCAUCUCCUGUUCCUCUCGGGCCCCUUGGUCCCCUGCCACCGCCAUCCUUAAAUUUCCGUUUCGAUCCUUCGCAAUCGCAGUUUCGAUUCAACCACGCGACGGCCUUCAAAUUCCCGCCGACAGGCUUCCGGUUUGGACCGCACAGCCCGCAACACAAUCAUCCCAACAUCUCGGGCGGUGGAAUCUUCAGGCUGACGGAAACGAGCCCGUUCCAAGCUGUAGGGCCCAGGGGAGAUCUCGGAUCCAGAUUACCCGAUCCUCUGGGGCUGCCACCCCCGAGGUUGCAUCCGCACGAGGGCCUGCUCCACCAUCCCCACGUACAGCACCAGCUGCCGGAACGAAUAUCGGAUGGCUCGCGGCUCUCGGAUGGUGGAAUCUCGCGUCUGUCGGACAGCCUGUCGGAAGCGCACAGCCCGCCAUUAAUGGCCACGAACCUGUCCGUGACGGGCCCUCUGAGGGUUGCUGUGCCCAGCCCUCACACGCCCUCCUCGCGAGGCAGCCCUCCACCACCGGCCAGUCAACCGACACCUCAGGCUCAGUCUCAAGGCCAGGGAUUGAUAAGGGUCGCCACGCCACCCCCGCCGAAUCCGAAACCGCCCCAGAUCCACAGACCGUUCUCGCCCGCGUGAUACGACAAGGAUGACGAGCCGGAGGACACGAUCUCGGGGGAGAACGAUCAUCGACGGCCCGUCGGGGUGUCGGGGAAACCGGUGAUGGCCAGUGACGAGCACCAGUUUUUCGAGAAACGGUUCGAGGUUUUGUGAAAAAGAAAAAAAAAAAAGAAAGAGGAAAAGGAGAAGAUUGGAAUUCGAGGUCGACUUCAAAGGUCCAUCGAGAAGAUUCUCGAAGAAACUUUGGAUGAAAUUCGUUCGAAAUUCGGGGAGAGAAGAAUUUGUUGGAUGAUGAUAAUAAAAUAAUAGAAGAAAUUGAAAAUUUUUUUCCCCCCCCUCGAGGGAAAAAAAUAAAAUUAACAAUCAAAUAUUCGUGUUGACUUGUUCGCGUUGUUCAAGUGAUAGAGAUAGGAGACAAAAAUGGACAGGAAUGGAUAAUUUGAUAAUUAAUAUCGCGAUACAAACAAUGACUAGAAUUUUUCUAGUCGAUUGUGCGUGGGUGGAUCGCGGGAGCGGACGUGUGCAAUUAGACGAAGAUGACGCGAGAGAGUGAGUGAUCGUCACGUGUAAAUAGCCUUAAAUCAUCGAGGAAACGACGGCCACGCGAGGAUGGAUACAUUUUUCGUUGAACAAAAAACCCGAAUAUGAGAUCGAUCCGCUUCGAGGCUAAUGAACUCAGUGCUAGUGGUGUUUUCUUUUCGAUUUUUUUCUCUUUCUCUCUCUCUCUUUCUCUCUCUCUCUCUCUCUCUCUCUCUCUCUCUCUCUCUCUCUCUCUCUCUCUCUCUCUCUCUCUCUCUCUUCUUUUUGCGUAGUCUGUACAUAGCGAUGCUUUCGAAUAAAAAUAAAAAGAUGUUAUUCGGUGUAAUCGUUGCCUGAAACUGUUGUUCGUCGUCAUUUCAAACGUACGUGCUUACAUGAUGUAUUGUCGAUCUGUUUAAAAUCAAUCGAUUCGGAAAUGGAAAAAUGGUAAAAAAUGAUUCGAGGACGUACGAAACGUAAGCCUGAAACGUCGAUCGAGAACGAGAUUCGAAAAAAAGAAAGAGGAAAAAAUAACGUUGUUCAGCAUACGAUAAAAUCGUAUCGUAUAAGUGAGCCUUCUAAUCUCGUUAGAACGUCGAGAUAUCAACGGAUACACCGAGAGAUGCGCGGAUGCUCGUCGAACAAAUCGGGCUGACAAGAGACACUCUGUAACUCGAUCCAACGAAACGAACCGAUCUGUUGUAAUGUAUUAAAAAUAUCGUCUAAACAUCUUUUCCCAAAUUGAAAUCGCACAAUGCUGUCGUUCGAGCCAACGCGAACGUGUAUAUGUAUAAACGCGAGUUGAAAAUAAUGGACGAGAGAUGGAACGAGAGACGGAGCAUCGGUGGUAUUAAUUUAAGAUACUUGGCGAAACCUUCCCCAUCUAGCUUAAGUAGGGAUUAGCAAUUUGUAAAUUUCCUUAAUCUCUCGACACGGUCGCCGUACGAAGUAAUCGUUUAUUCUCCGUGGAGUUGCACGCGGUUCGAGGGAGCUCGAUUGUCAAGGAACACGAUCGAUCGAUCGACCCACUCGAGCCUGGUUGGAGGAGAAGAGGAAGAAGAGGAGGAAGAAGAAUAUAAGAAGAAGAAUAUAAAAAGGAGAAGAUGCGAGAAUAAGAAGAAGAGGAUGCAAGAAGAAACCGUGCGAACACGGUGGUUUCCCCUCCCCCCCCUUCUGUCUUUGUAGAUACACACGAGAAUACACAACACGUUAGCAGAAUUUCUUGUAUAAUCGGCCCUUACCACCUUAUAAAUAUGAACAUACUACCACAGCCCAUGUAUACAUAGCUACCUUACGUAAAGACUAUUAACACGGAAUUAUACAUAUAUAAAUAUACGAGAGGAAGAUGAAGCAUUAUUAUUAUUAAUAUUAUUAAUAAUUAUUAUUAAUAUUAUUUGCGCCUGUAAAUACAUUCACGCGAAAAUAUAUUAACAGAUUAUUAUUAUGACAUUACAACAAAAACUAUCA